GGUGCCGGCUGUGCGCCGCGCAGGUUAAGAACCGCGUGGGGCGGCGGUGGGAGCAGAGCGAGCCGAGCCGAGCAGCAUGGCCCAGCCGCGCUGCCGCUCCGUGCUCAUCACCGGCUGCAGCCGCGGCAUCGGGCUGGGCUUGGUGAGGGGUCUCGCUGCCUCCGAUCCCCCCCCGGAGGUCGUCUUCGCCACGUGCCGCUACCCCGAUAAGGCGCAGGACCUCUAAGCCACGUGCUGUGCUUUGGCAGCACAUCAGUGGGGAGCCGUGCAGCCGGCUGAAAGCAUAUUUCUAACAGAUGGGUUUGGAUGCUCCACAAGGAAGGGAAAUCUUUACUGAAGAUGGACAAAACCAGCUGAGCAAUCUCUGGAGCAGUCCUCCAGUAACAAAUCUGCUAUAUCAGGAAGAGGGUGUUCUCCAAGUCUUGCUAAUUUUGGCUUACGGCAGCGGUUUGUACUUCCUGCUGUGGAUGUGGGGCAGUCGGCAGCAGCUUGGUGUGAAUUCUUCCAUCAUCUGACAGCAAGUUGGCUGCGUGCUGUGAUACCGGAUAGCCCAUCUCAGGGAUACGUGGGCAAAUCUGAUGUGCUUUGGCUUUGUCUGUUGUGCCAGUCGGGCAGUAGGAAGGGGGCACUGAGUCCCCUUUGCCUGACACAGCCGCCUUAGGCUGCUCAGUUGCUUCCAAGUGGUCCAGCAACAGCCAGGCUCCUUCCAAGACUUGUAAUCAGAGUGCAUAAUGCUUUUAUAAAGAAGGCUAAGUAAAUCCUGCUAAAUGACAAAGGCAACAUAACACCCUGAUUGGAACCUAACAAUCCGUGCACUGAUGGAUCUGUAUCUGGAGUCUCAGCGCCAGAGGAUCCUGUUUAAAUUGGAGCAGGCUGGCUCUUUGUUAAUCGUAAUUAAAAAUCAGCAAGCAGGAAACAACAGAUGUUAAUCACAGUUCUAAGUUUUCUUUCUUGGAAUCCCUGAGAGCUGAUUCUCAUGGGUAACUGUUCGGCUACCAAACGCUCCUAGGGCUGCUAAACUAAACAUGGGGGGCUGCUGUUGAGUGCUUUGCUUCGUUAGCUUGUUUUAAAUCAGCUUUUGCAGCACCAUAACUAAAUAUAACUGCAUCUGUCGGCUGCCGUGGACUUGUCCUGGCCCUCCCCUCUGGGCACAGCAGGGAGAGAGGAAUGGGUUUUCCUGUGCUUUUAGGGUUUCCCAGCUGGGUUUUCCACUCCUGUUCUCACUGAGUGCAGCACAGCUCUGUGCUUCUUGCAGACCAAAGCUGUCCGAGUUAAUGUUACGCCUGGAAGCUGCUUUUGUGAACCUUAAACCACUCGAGUGGGAGUCACUGUUAAACACAGUAAUUAACUCAAUGGAAAAACGAUUGAAUUUUAACUCUGGUUUACUGCAGCAAUUGCAGUGUUUAUGCUCCAGGGAAGGAGUAACGCUACAGCCUUUGGAGUUCUGAAUUGAAGAUACUGCUGGCUCACUUCAGAACCCUCUCGCUGGUUCUCACUGCACAAAGCAUCUUUGGCCUUUUAGCAAAGGAGGGUUUAUCUGCUGCUUCCCAUUUGCAGUUUGUUUCUGUCUGACGGCAAAGCAAUCCGACCAUAAAGAAAUGAAAACACUGUGGAAGCCAGAGCACUUCUGGAGCUGCUCAUAACUGGUGCUGUCAAACUGAAGUACAGCAGACAGUCCAAAGCCACAUAAUUAUUGCAGACCUUGACAUGGCAGAACUAUUUCUGUCCGGGGAAAGGAAUGUCUGCUGGGUUUGUGCUUCUGGCUUCUUCCCCUUCCUCCCCUUCAAAGCCCGACAGCUGUAGAUUGGCUGCAGUGGGAGAGCGAGUUUACUAAACAAACCUGGAGAGAAUCUUGGAGAGCAUCAACUGAGAUAAAAGAGGUGAUGUGUAAUAUCCUGGUGAGAGGACACGGAGUCCCAAGGCAUCUCCAAGUGGCAAAGGAGUACUCUUUCAAAAGCAGCCCUCCCCACCUCUGCUCCAGAUGGGCUCCUAAAGAGGAGCUCCAGCAGCUUAGCAAGCAAUACAGCAAUAUCAAGCUCCUCCAGCUGGAUGUGGUCUGUGAAAACAGCAUCAAGAAAGUAGUCAAAGAAGUGGAAGAAAUCGUGGGAGACAAAGGUCUGAACUGCCUCAUUAACAACGCUGGCAUCAAUGUACUCGCCUCCUUGGAAGAUGUCACAGCAGAGACAAUGCUCACCAUUUACGAGACCAACACAGUUGCCCAGCUGAUGGUCACUAAGGCUUUUCUACCCCUUCUGAGGAAGGCAGCUCAGCUGAGCACAGGAAUGGGCUGCCAUAGAGCUGCUAUUAUUAAUAUGUCCUCUCUUGCUGCCUCCAUGCAACUCGUCCAGGCGAAUGAGAUGUUCCUCAAGGUCUACCCCUACAGGAUAGCAAAGACUGCACUGAACAUGAUCACCAGAUGUCUUGCUGCAGACUUGAAAUCAGAUGGAAUUCUCUGUAUUUCUCUGCAUCCAGGCUGGGUUCAGACAGACAUGGGCGGAAACAUGGCUCCCUUGCAGGUGCAAGAGGCCAUCCCUGGUAUUCUCUCUGUUCUGGACCGUCUUAGUGAAAAAGAAAAUGGUUCCUUCCUGGACUGGCAAGGGGAAACUCUACCAUGGUAGAUGUGCAUUGUAUACUACAGAAAUGGCAUGUUGGUCACUAUUCAACUUGCAUCAACUACUGUCUCAGUCUCCAGGGUUUUCUUAGAUUCUCAUAGAAAUAGCCAGUCUGAUAUCCACCCCUUCUCCAGGUAUAUUCAGAAAGGUUUACUCUUCCUUGAUAUUGCUACUGUUCUGUUCUAACACUUCCUGACACUACUACUGUGCUCUUAGUGAUGGGUCUAUCCCGGAACCACCUAACAUGCAUUAAAAACUGCAGGUUAUAUCUGGGGCUGCUUCCACUUAGCUUCCAAAACCAAAUUGGGAGGCCUGCCCUCAGACCUGCCCUGACAGCAUGGCGGGCUCUUGGAGCCUGGUAUGGUGGGUGUGCUGGAGACAUGGCUUGGGUCCUCCAGCUUCCUCUAGACCUCAAUAUAACUCUGUGGAUUUGGUACUUCUGAGUGUCCUCAGGUUCACAGCACCGGCCACUUGCUUUGUUCCUACUGGGUGAUUAACAUCCUGAUCUCGGGGUGGGAACGUGGUUUUGUACAUAGGCUUCUGAAGUGUCUACAAUAAAGUCUCGUUCAAACAAA